AUGGCAUCAUUGGUAGCCAUUGUCGAUGUGAAGGGCAAAUCGCUCAUUCAAAGGUCGUACAGAGAUGAUGUUGCACCUACACAAGUUGAACGUUUUUUACCUUUAUUGCUUGACAUGGAAGAAGAAAGUGGCGGAAGUGCUGUAAGCCCUUGUUUUACCAGCGAAGGCAUAAAUUACAUGUUUAUUCGACAUAAUAACCUCUAUCUCCUCGCUCUAUCAAGACGUAAUUCAAACGCAUCUGAGAUCUUACUCUUCCUACACAAGCUGGCUUCUGUCUUGGAGGAAUAUUUCAAAGAGCUAGAAGAAGAGAGUAUUCGUGACAACUUUGUCAUCAUUUAUGAAUUAUUGGACGAAAUGAUGGACUUUGGCUAUCCACAAACGACAGAGAGUAAAAUUCUACAAGAAUACAUCACACAAGAAUCACACAAAUUGGAGGUACAAGCACGACCGCCAAUGGCAGUGACAAAUGCCGUCUCUUGGCGUAGCGAAGGAAUACGUUAUCGUAAAAAUGAAGUCUUUCUUGAUGUUGUUGAAUCGGUCAACAUGCUCGUCAAUGCAAACGGGAACGUGGUACGAAGUGAAAUCUUGGGCGCGGUAAAGAUGAAGUGUUAUCUAUCCGGAAUGCCAGAAUUACGUCUAGGUUUGAAUGACAAAGUAAUGUUUGAAAGUACGGGAAGAGCGUCAAGAGGGAAAGCGAUCGAGAUGGAAGAUGUGAAGUUUCAUCAAUGUGUUCGACUUUCAAGAUUCGAAAAUGAUCGAACGAUCAGCUUUAUUCCGCCAGACGGAGAGUUUGAAUUGAUGAGCUACAGAUUGAGCACGCAAGUGAAACCUUUGGUCUGGGCGGAAGCUGUUAUUGAGAGACAUGAAGGCAGUCGGAUCGAAUUUUUGGUCAAAGUCAAAGCGCAAUUCAAACGACGCUCAACGGCAAAUAAUGUAGAAAUCCACGUUCCUGUUCCCGAUGAUGCUGAUUCGCCAAAAUUCCGUGCAGCUGUCGGUUCGGUUCAUUAUGCUCCAGAGAAGUCAGCAAUGGUUUGGAAGAUCAAACAAUUAGGAGGAGGAAGAGAGUUUCUAAUGAGAGCUCAUUUUGGCUUGCCAAGUGUAAAGAAUGAUGAAAUCUUGGAUCGUCGGGCACCCAUCAACGUCAAAUUUGAAAUUCCCUAUUUCACCGUUUCGGGCAUUCAAGUGCGAUACCUCAAAAUUGUCGAAAAGUCUGGUUAUCAAGCAUUGCCAUGGGUUCGUUACAUCACCCAGAAUGGAGAAUAUGACUUACGUACUCAAAGUGACAAGUCACAGGCCCGUCUAGCGCCGUUUGCAGCAUGA